AUGCCUUCUGCAACGCAGCGUUCGGGCUCAGCGUUAGAUGUAAUUAAAGAAGAACAAGGUUCACAUCAUUCUUCUAUCAACAUAAACAAUGUGGGGUCAGGAUGUGUUAACUGUGUUUGCAAAUCACCACCUCAGCUUCCCUUCGACGACUCGAUAAAAAGGGAAGAUGUUGAGAAAAUGCUUCAAGAAAGAGACACGAUUUUACGCAAACAAUUCGAAAGCGAUUUGUCGGCGCAGAUUUCUUUGUUAAAAGAGAGAUUUGAUUUUAUAUUGCAAAAUGAGCAAAUACGUACAUCUUAUAUGCUCCGCGAGGCGCACAGAGAACGGCAGGAGAAAAUACAAGCGUUACAGUCUCAGCUGGAAUGCAAAAACAUGGCCGGCCUGAUGUACGUCAUGUGCGCGGAGAGAAGAAGAGGAAAGUUGGAGAAGUUGAGACUCAUUGAAGAAUACACGGGCUACAUUCGAGGUCUGCAGGCCAUCUUGACGGAGGGUCAGCAAUUGAUCCUGAACCUCUCGAGAGGAUACAAAACCGCUGCCAGGGUGGACCACGAAUGGCGGGAGAAGAUGAAAAAAAUCAUCAAAGAAUUCCAAGCUUACGUGAUAAACUACAACGGUGGCACCCCGGAAUCGAACCAGUAUAUUUUCGAUAUACCCCACCUGCUCAAGACCAAAGCGCCAAUUGAGGAUGACCCCAAAGAAGACCCAUGCCAGGAGGAUGUGAUUGAAGAGGAAACUGCUAAUGUAAAUCGGGAAUCGCCCUGGUGGGAGCGUCUGGACGGCGACUGCAAGCCGUUCAUCGUGUUUGGAGACAUGGCGGAGUUCACGCCGCCUCAGAGAAGGAAAACCUUGAGGACUGUGAAGGCAGCGAAGACUGCACCGAAGAAGUGGAAAGAUUAUUUGUUUAACGAGAUGUACCUUCAAGCGGACUGCUCCAACCUGGAUGUGAUCAAAGAUGAGCAUCCUAACAGGUUCCCUAUGCAACCCACCUGGGAGUGCCACGCCGCUCAGACUCUGAACAGAGAGGAGUCGGUCAUGAGGUCGAGGUACGACUUUUCAACCACCCGUUUCACUAGUAUGGACACCCGCGGAAACAUGGGAUCUAUCCUCAAGAUCGUGACCGCAGCCGGUCACACUGAGCCCGUGACGAAGGCCAACUUGCUGGGUGCCAGGGACUCCAUGGAGAUCACGUCCACUACGAAAUUGAAAGAAAAGCAUUCCGUUAGAACAUCGCGCAGCUUAGAAAAGAUCAACGUAGUUGUUGGACAGAGAAAGUAUGAUGCUGUUGACCAGGGAUUGAAGAAAGAAGCACAAACAAAACAAACGGAGGCUAAAAAUGCCACUAAGGGUGCAGUAGAUGAUGAGGAGGCGGAUGACGAUGACUCGUCAACAUCACAAUCAUUACUUGGGAGCGUCCAUAACGACAGUCUACAAGUGAUUACGUCCCACAGACCUGAUCGGGAUCACACAAUUAAUUACGAGAAGGUAUGCCCAAUGGAGAAAUGCAAGCAUAUGCAAGUGGACUCUUUCAUGCGUUCCCUGCCUCCGUACAUGCGCGCCAGUCCCUUCUUACAUUUCGAGCAGACCUUUGAAGAUUACGAGACUUGCUCACCAGAGCAAAUCGCAAUACUCCAAGCGCGACUGGAGCUGAAGAAGAAGAAGCACAAGAGUCAGGCCGCCUUCUUGGUAGACGAGGACCGUGACGAAUGGGCACCAGAGAUUGAGGGUGUGGGCGUCCAGACUUCAGAGAGACAGUUGUACCUGCCGCCUUGCACUUGUGAGCUGCCUGCUGCUUCGAACUCGAUCAGUUCUGGAGGAGUUGUCUUUAGGAUUGAAGAUCUCCUCCCGAUCAAGAAGGCUCUAGAUGACAUACAAGAAAAAUGUUUCUUCGAUGAUGAGGUAGAAUUCAACAGAUUCCAAGUCAUCGGACAAGACAGUGACGUGAAACUGCCCGCUACUCAAGACGAUUUUGAUAAGAAGAGGAUGACCGAGAUUUACAGGAUUUUGAAGAAACAUCCCAGUUUGUGCGACCUUUUCCAGGCAAACACAAGUUAAAAACAACGAGUUUCAACUUUUUGUAAACUUUAUUU